AUGUAUCGCUUCCUCUCCCUUCUCCCCACGGCAGCGCUUGUCGGUGCUGCUGUAAUUCAGCAUCCUUCGCCAACAACUGUAACAGCCGCUCCUGCCCUAGCUGCUGCAACGACAACUGCUGCUGCUAGCGGAAACCCUUUUUCUGGAUACCAGCUUUAUGCAAACUCUUUUUACUCUUCUGAGGUUAUCAGCGAGGCGAUUCCAUCUCUGUCAGCGACUUCACUCGCUGCUGCAGCAAGUAAGGUCGCUGAGGUGCCAUCUUUCUUUUGGAUGGACACUGCUGCCAAAGUUCCUACUAUGGGCACAUUCUUGGAAGACAUCCAAACCAAGAACAAGGCGGGUGCUAGUCCUCCACUUGCCGGUAUUUUCGUCGUCUACGACCUUCCGGACCGUGACUGCGCCGCCCUUGCCAGUAAUGGCGAGUAUACUAUUGCAGACAACGGUGUUGAGCAUUACAAGGCGUAUAUUGACAGCAUCGUGACUCAGCUCACGACUUACUCAGAUGUCCACACUAUCCUGAUCAUCGAGCCUGACAGUUUAGCUAAUAUGGUAACCAAUCUGAACGUUGCAAAGUGUGCUAAUGCUCAGUCUGCUUAUUAUGAGUGCAUCAACUAUGCUCUCGAGAAACUCAACCUGGCUAAUGUUGCGAUGUACAUUGAUGCAGGUCAUGCCGGCUGGCUCGGAUGGUCCGCCAAUCUCUCACCAGCAGCCCAACUCUUCGCCGAAGUGUAUUCUAACGCCAGUUCCCCAGCUGCAGUUCGCGGUCUCGCCACCAAUGUCGCCAACUACAACGCUUGGACCAUUGGAACCUGCCCAUCCUACACGUCUGGAGACUCCAACUGCGAUGAGCAAAAAUAUGUCAACGCUAUUGCUCCACUCCUCUCAUCCGCAGGCUUUAACGCCCAUUUUAUCACUGACACGGCCCGCAACGGUGUUCAACCCACCGAUCAAAAUGCCUGGGGCGACUGGUGCAACGUCAAGGGCACCGGCUUUGGCGUACGCCCAAGCACCGACACUGGGGACACCCUGCUCGAUUCAUUCGUUUGGGUGAAGCCAGGUGGUGAAAGUGACGGAACCUCCAACUCCAGCUCCGCCCGUUAUGAUGCGCACUGCGGUUAUAGCGACGCUUUGCAACCAGCCCCUGAGGCUGGUACAUGGUUCCAAGCGUACUUCGAGCAGUUGUUGACGAAUGCCAAUCCGGCAUUCUCCUGA